AUGGAAGCCAACGUGUCCUGGCCGUCCAAAAGCCCCACCUCUGACGUCCUCGAGAUCCCCGCCAAUUUCCUCCCUGCAGGUGAUAUCAUCGUGCAGGAUCUGCAAGAGGCCGACUUGGGUUUCCACGAGGAGCCCGUGGUCCGCUUUGCGUACGAAAAAUUUGUGCUUCAGCACGCACGGCGACACCUGUGCCUCGACACCUUCAACGCCGCGGGCGCGCGAAUGGGCCGAUCCCACUUCCGAAGACGACAAAUGAUUCCUGACGCAGACACGGUGCUGAAGCGGAGUUUGAAGGAGCUCAAGCGCACCAUUGACCUGAAAAAGGUCUGUCUUUAUGUCCAAGUCGUCGAUGCUGAAAGACUGCGUGCGCCUUGGCCAUCCGGUAAGGGUCGAUGA